UUAGCUAAAAAAAAAGAAAAAAGCGAUUCGCAUCCGUAGAUUCCGUAGCGUAGCGUUAUUUUUCUUCUAAAACAACAAGAAUUCAACGUUUUGAUUAAUUAAAAUGUCCUACCAACUGUAUAGAAACACUACAAUUGGAAACACACUCCAGGAAAGUUUGGAUGAACUGAUCCAGUAUGGCCAAAUAACACCAGCAUUAGCCGUCAAAGUUUUACUGCAAUUCGACAAAUCUAUAAAUACUGCACUUUCCAAUCGAGUGAAGUCUCGGCUAACCUUCAAAGCAGGGAAACUGAAUACCUACAGAUUCUGUGACAAUGUGUGGACAUUCAUGUUGAAUGAUGUUGAGUUUAGAGAGGUGCAAGAAGUGACAAGAGUGGACAAAGUGAAAAUUGUAGCAUGUGAUGGAAAAAAUGUUGAUGACCGAAGGUAGUAGAAAGUGAUUGCAUAAUACAUUUAGUGUUAUUGUUGUAGGUUCUCAUCUUUAAUACAUGAUAUUACUAUGUACUUUUGUCUUCGUUUAAAAUGGAUGUAUUAUUAUUAUGCUCAACUUGUGUAUGUAGUAAUAUGUAAUUCAAAAUUUCAGAAGGCUAUUUCUUUGUUAGUUGUGAUAUGACAAUGUGGAGAGUGUCCUUUUAUGAUGGCUAACAAAAAUACUGAUUACAAAUCAGUGGUAAAGAUCUCACGUGGCACAGGACCCAGAGGUCAGCUG